AAGACGAAGCUCCCGGACCUCGUGAGGGGGAAAGCGUGCUUGGCCACUCAGGCCAACGGGUCAGCUGCAGGCUCAGCUCCAGAACCUCUGCCGUCCCUCACAGGUGGCUCUGGAACUGGAGGUUGGAAGAGGUGAAAGGCCAGCAGGUGGGGCCACCCAGGCCCCACCCACUGCGGGGACAGUGCGCCUUUCCCUUGUGGGCCAAGGCUAAGGGACCACUUCCUCUUUCUUCUCUCGAGCCCGGAGCCAGGCCUGCUGGGCCCUCAGCAAGGACGCAAGCAGACUCCAGGAUGUCCUAGGCCAUCUGGGUCCUGCAGCCAGGGUGGCCGCGGGUCUGCACUCAAGAGCUCUCUCCCUCUCUGGGGACAGCAGGGUCUGGAGGCCUUUGGGAUGGAAUCCACGGAUGGGGAGAAGCUGCCCUCUGUGUCUAGCCUGGUGACCGUGUUCGAGGACAGCAGCUCCCCACCCAGGCUCUGCUCCUGUGCCUCCUGCUCCUCACCAAGGAGCCCUCAGACCUGCUCUGUUCUCAGGACCCCAGGAGCGGCACCCAGAGUCCGCGGCCCAGGGGACACACAGCAUCCACAGGGGCUCAGGCCACCCCUGUCCCCAGGGCCCUGGGAGAUGCCCCCCGCAGAGCAGGCCCCGAUUUCUCGGCCCAGGACCGUGAGCAGGAGCUACCUGAACUCCCUGAAGGACAAGCUGUCCAGCGGGGCCUGGAGGAGGUCUUGCCAGCCAGGGACCCAGCCUGAGUCGGGGCCGCAGGAGCCAGAGGAGAAGAGGAUCGUCCGCGAGCUGCUGGAGACGGAGCAGGCCUACGUGGGCCGCCUGCACCUGCUGGACCAGGUGUUUUUCCAGGAGCUGCUGAGGGAGGCCCGCAGCAGCAAGGCCUUCCCGGAGGACGUGGUCAGGCUCAUCUUCUCCAACAUCUCCUCCAUCUACCAGUUCCACGCCCAGUUCUUCCUCCCGGAGCUGCAGCGUCGCCUAGAGGACUGGACGGCCACGCCCCGCAUCGGGGACGUGAUCCAGAAACUGGCCCCGUUCCUGAAGAUGUACGGCGAGUACGUGAAGAACUUCGAUCGCGCCGCUGAGCUGCUGGCCGCCUGGGCCGAGAAGUCGCCUCCCUUCCAGGAGGUCAUCGCCCGCAUCCAGAGCAGCGAAGCCUCGGGCAGCCUGACGCUGCAGCACCACCUGCUGGAGCCGGUGCAGCGCAUCCCGCGCUACGAGCUGCUGCUCCGGGAGUACGUGCGCAAGCUGCCGCCCGCGGCCGCCGACAGGCCCGACGCGCGCGGGGCCCUGGACGUGAUCUCCGCAGCCGCGCAGCACUCCAACGCCGCCAUCGCCGAGAUGGAGCGGCUGCAGGACCUGUGGGCCGUGUACCAGCGCCUGGGCCUGGACGACGACAUCGUGGACCCCUCCAACGCGCUGCUCCGCGAGGGCCCGGUGCUCAAGAUCUCCUCCCGCCGCCGCGACCCCAUGGAGCGCUACCUCUUCUUGUUCAACAACAUGCUGCUGUACUGCGUGCCCCGGGUCCUGCAGGUGGGCGCCCACUUCCAGGUGCGGACCCGCAUCGACGUGGCAGGGAUGAAGGUGCGGCCACUGCCUGACUCCGAGUUCCCGCACUCCUUCCUGGUGUCGGGGAGGCAGCGCACCCUGGAGCUGCAGGCCCGGUCCCAGGAAGAGAUGAUCUCCUGGAUGCAGGCCUGCCAGGCCGCCGUGGACCACAUCGAGAGGCGGAACGAGACCUUCAAGGCUGCGGCCCAGGGGCCGGAAGGCGAUGCCCAGGAGCAGGAGCUGCAGUCCGAGGAGCUGGGCCUCCGGGCCCCACAGUGGGUGCGCGACAAGAUGGUGACCAUGUGCAUGCGCUGCCAGGAGCCCUUCAACGCCCUGACGCGCCGGCGCCACCACUGCCGAGCCUGCGGCUACGUCGUCUGCGCCCGCUGCUCCGACUACCGCGCCGAGCUGCAGUACGACCGGGGCCAGCUGCACCGCGUGUGCGCGGCCUGCUACACCUUCCUCACCGGCCGCGUGCUGCCCGAGGAGCGCGAGGACCGGAGGCGGGGCAUCCUGCAGAAAGGGGCUGCAGCCGGGCCCGACGGCAGCGUGAUGAGCGGCUUCCUGCAGCUGCUUGGGGACAGGUGGGGCCGGAACAGCAGCCGGAGCUGGUGCGUGAUCCCCCGGGACGACCCCCUCGUGCUCUACGUCUACGCAGCCCCGCAGGACGUGCGGGCACUCACCACCAUCCCACUGCUGGGCUACCAGGUGACCGCCGGGCCGCAGGGGGACCCACGCGCCUUCCAGCUGCAGCAGUCGGGCCAGCUGUUCACGUUCCGGGCUGAGACGGAGGAGCUGCGGGGCCGCUGGGUGGAGGCCGUGGGGCGGGUGGCGGGUGGCGAGAUCCCCGAGGCACCCGACCCGGCCGUGCUGUCAGACUGACCCGCCCGGCUCCCGGCCCCUGCCCCGCCCCACCCCGGCCGUCACGUGACCUGGUCUUGGCGUCUGCCGGGCGUGCGCCCUGGUUCACCACCGGGCCAAGGCGGGACUGUCCCUUCACGGAGCAGCGACCAAAGGUCCCCGUUUGCUGGUGGAGGUGGCUCCUGAGCCGACACUAGGAGGGUCCGGGUGACCCAGGACUCUGCUUCACAGCCCAGGUCCCAGCAGGCUGCCGCCUGGGCCCUCAGGGUCUUCAGAUGACGAACAGAUGCAAGUCCGUUUUAGAAUUAAAAACACCCGGUGCUG